AUGAAACGCAUGCUAUCGGUUUUAUGUCUUCUGCUAAUAGGCAGUUCCUUUGCCGAAGACUAUGACGAAGGAGAAUUCGGUGGUUCCUCAGCUAUUGCCAAUUCAAAUGCUCAGGCAACAUCUAAUGGAUUUGGUGGCGAUGCAAUUGCAAUGGCGAGUGCUCAAGCAAAUGCUUUAGGUAAUGGUGGUGAUGCCGGUGCUAUUGCCAAUGCCAAUGCUAAUGCUGAAGCCAAUGGAGGUGGAACAGCUGUUGCCAAUUCGGUAGCUAUAGCAAAUUCUAAUGCUGUUGGAGGAGCUGGUGGUUUAGGUGGCUUUGGAGGUGGAUUAGGUGGCUAUGGAGGUGCUGGUGGUGGUGGAUUGGGUGGCCAUGGAGGUGCUGGUGGAGUUGGUGGUCAAGGAGGUGGUUAUGGAGGAGCUGGUGGAUUAGGUGGCCACGGUGGUGCUGGUGGUGGAUUAGGUAGCCAAGGAGGUGCUGGUGGAUUUGGAGGCCAAGGAGGUGGUCUGGAAGGCGGUUAUGGUGGUGGAGAAGCUGUUGCCAAUUCUGGAGCUACAGCAAUUUCCAAUGGUGAUGGAGGUGUGGGUGGUGCUGGUGGAUUAGGUGGUUAUGGAGGUGGUGGUCGUCGACAUCGCCACCGUCAUCAUCAUCACAGAGAAUAUAGUGAUUAUGAUUAA